AUGGAUAAAAAUUUGUGCCUUCAGAUCUAUCUUAGUAGUCCAAAAUCAUAUAAUACACUGAAGGCUUUUUUGCAUUUGCCCAGCAAGCCUACAUUAUUGAAAGCUGUAUCUGGUAUAAAAAUGGAACCUGGAUUUUCAGUUGCUGUGCUCAAUGCCAUAAAAUUAGUUGCUAGCAAACUGAAAAUCCAUGACAGGUAUUGCAUCUUAUCCUUCGAUGAAAUCACUUUAAAGCAAAGCUUAUCUUAUGAUAAGAAAAGUGAUUACAUUGUUGGAUUUGAAAAUUAUGGUUCCUACACUGAACUAAAAAUGUUUCCCGAAUAUGCAACUCAUGGUCUUGUUUUUAUGGUCCGUGGGCUGUGUAAAAAGUGGAAACAGGUCAUUGGCUAUUUUUUUUCUUCUCACACUACUCCAGGUUUUAUGUUGUGUACUUUGGUCAUGGAAGCCCUAUCAAAAUUAUUUGAUUGUGGUUUGAUACCUGUGGCUGUUGUUUGUGAUGGUGGUGCAAACAAUGUAGUUUGUUACAAAAAAUUUAUGAAAGUCACAGAAGAAAGACCAUAUAUUAUAUGUCAAGACAAAAAGGUAUUCACACUUUUUGAUGUGCCUCACCUUUUGAAGUGCUUGCGAAAUAAUUUUAGAAAGUAUGAUGUUAAAUUUCAGGGUGGCAAAAUUGCUAGUUGGAACCACAUUGUAUCUUUGUGGGAAUUUGAUCGUAAAAUGCCUCACAGAUGUGUUCCGAAAUUAACAGACCGCCAUGUAAAUGUGGAUUGCCUUAGUGCUAUGAGUGUAAAAUUAGCAGCUCAGGUCUUCAGUCAUUCUGUGGCUUCAGGCCUGUGUUACCUUAGUGCACUAAAUGGCUUACCCGCAUCGGCUAGUCUUACAGCAGAUUUCUGUUCAAACAUAAAUAUUUUAUUUGACAGUUUGAACAGUAGAACACUUAAGCACUCUAAUCCUUUUCUUGCAGGAGUUACCAAGUCAUCGAUUCACUUAAAAACCUGGAAGGAAAAGAUGGAUUUCAUCAAAGGCAUUGAAUUUCAAACAGAAAAAAAAAAUAUCUUUCCCAAACGCAGAGGUGGAAAUAAUGACCAUCCAACUGCAUAUGAUUUUCAACAGAGGAUGAGAAUACUAAUGGCACAGAAUAUCAUAAGCACAAGUAAGCUAUCAAACUGUGAACCUGAUAACGAUACAGUUUUGAUACCUACAGAGUUGCUGACAGUUAUCGAUAACACUGAGCCUGGAAAUGGCAGUGAUGUAAAUGAUAUGGAAAUUGACUUUGAUGAUCCCUUAUUGGUAGCAAAUGAAAAUUCUGAUACUAGUGCUUGUAUUGCAAGUACAUCAUAUGAUGUAUUUUCACAAAAUUCAGCAGCUUAUGUUGCUGGAUAUAUUGCUGGAAGGGCAUUGAAGCAAUUUCCUUGCACUUUAUGUAAGAAUAUUCUUCUUGUUGAUAAAUCUUUGGGUGAACACACUUACUUUUUGUAUUUUAAAGAAUUUGAUGUAGUGAAAAAUGGAUUGUGUUACCCCUCACAACAGUUUACAUUUACUGUUUGUGAGAUGGGUGAAAAAUUUGUAACUUUGUUUGAUAAAAUAUGUAGCCAAAAAGAUGUGAAAUCCAAAAUUAUAUCCCAACUGAAACUAAUUGAUCAUGAAUGGCUUACAUGCCAUUAUCAUGCAGUAAAAAUGUGGGAAUAUAUUGUCAGUUCAUAUGCUCAGCUUAUGAUAUAUUAUAAGCUGAAAA